GAAAUACACAUAGAAGUGUAGAAAGUGCAGUUGAACAGAUUUGCAAUGGUAACUCGCAGAUUCGUAAGAAUUCCAGUAAUUCAUCAAACGUAAAUAAAGUUUGUGUAAUUAAUUUUUAACAUCAGUCCUAAUAUGUUCUCGUCAGCGGUUGAAGAGUCCGAAGAAAGCAAAAUAAAAGCCAUUGAAGUAACAAGUGUUCAAGAUGAUCCAUAUGAUCCAUAUGAUGUAAAAAAAUGUGCUCAAUGGAUUCAAACAAAUACUCUAAAACAGGUAUGUCUCCAAUUCCCAGAUAGCUUAUUGCCAGAUUCCAUAGAUGUUGUACUACGUUUAGAAAAAGACGUAGGACAGAAAGUAUAUAUCCUAGGCGAUACAACUUGCGGUAGCUGUUGUGUCGACGAAAUAGCGGCUCAGCAUGUUAACGCGGACGGUAUAAUACACUUUGGACAUGCUUGCCUUAAUCCUACCACUCGCUUGCCAGUUUUACACAUUUUGCCGAAAAAUCAAUUUGAUGCGACAGAACUCAGUAAUGAAUUCGAGCGAGUUUUCCCAGAUUGCACAAGGAAAAUCUUAUUUUUCUACGAUGUGGAAUAUGCACAUAAAAUUGAACAUAUAUAUAAUGUAUUGAAACCUAUAUACAAACAUUUAGUUUUGUCUAAAUUGAAUUGUACAUCAAAUGUGGAAUAUACUGAUAUAAAAACAAGUUCAGCUCCAAUUGUCUUAGGUAGACAUUACACAUUAGAGAAUGGAUAUAAUAUACAGGAUUAUGAAGGUUUCUUUUUGGGAGAAGAAGGAAAAACUCUGGUGUUAUUAGCAAUGGGUAUACCUGUGAAAAGAUGGUAUUGUUUUACAAAUAAUAAAAUUAAUGAGUUUGAAGCACUGAACACCCCUUGGUUGAAACGAAGGAGAUUCUUAAUUGAAACAUUGAAAGAUGCUCAUGUUGUGGGAAUUGUAGUUGCGACAUUGGGUAUUAAAGAAUAUUUAACAGCUAUAAACACAGUGAAAAAAACUCUUAAACAAAUGAAUAAGAAAUCUUAUAUUCUUAAUGUGGGAAAAAUAAAUCCUGCCAAACUUGCGAAUUUUCCAGAGAUUGAUACUUUUGUUGUGAUAGCUUGCCCAGAGAAUGAAGUAUUCGACUCGAGAGAUUUCUUGAAGCCAAUGCUUACACCAUACGAAGUUGAAUUGGCAUUUAACAGUGCGAGGGAAUUUUGUCCACAAUAUUUUAUGGAUUUCCGGCAGAUAUUACCUGGCGGAACUCACUACGUUGAUUUUAAGCCAUCAAUGGAUUCAGAUGUUUCUCUUAUUACUAGCAAUGUUAGAAACUACAAGGAUGAUUUAUGUACCGAUCAAAUGAAUGCUUUGACAAUACGUACACCAGGUGUUGUUGCUAUUGGUAAAGCUGGGGCUCAAUAUUUACAAAAUAGAUCCUGGAAGGGUGUCGAACAAAGAUUAGGUGAGGAUCCUGUGCAACCGGCAGAAAUUGGUCGUACUGGAUUAGCAUGGGAAUAUGUAAAUGAACCUUUGAAAGCAGAUAAACAUGAUACAAAAAUAUAAUAAAUAUAGUAUCAUUCUCUAU